AUGUCGCUGCACUACCUCCCUCCCGUGAAGCCUUCGGCCAUUGCCCUCGGCACCUUUUUCAACCACGGCGUCGAACUCGCUGUUCUGGGCCCCGUCUUCGGACAGACCUACCAGCGCGCCAAGCAGGCCAACACGAAGGAGGAGUUCAUCAAGUCCAAGGAGGCUAGCGGCGCUGCUAUCGCCUGGGGCACUUCGUUUGUCGGAUCGGCUCUGCAGAGUUAUGGUGUUGGCGCGUUGAUCAAUGCCACUGGUACGUUGAGCUAUAAGGGUGCUGCGUACUUGGGCGGUUUGAUCUUUGCUGCUACUGCUGCUCCUGGUUUCCUCAACCAAAUCUUCUCAGAGAAACGCCCCGUCGAUACUGUUGGUGUUAGCAUUGCUGCCAAGCUUGUGGAAACUGUUGGAUUAUCGCUGUUCCUUACCUGGUGGGGAACUCGCACUAACCCCUUUGACUAA